CCGUGCAACUACAUGCCGUUUCGUAACGGCAUCAUUGUUAACUCCAGCGCGUCAAGUCCUACAGCUCUUCAUGUCUAGACCAGAUGAAGAGAGUCUCCAUCAUCUUGACGGCUGUUGCUUCUGUGAUUGCCGUGGGUCCGAGAACUACAAGAUCGAUCUCUCGCUCAAUCUUGAGUUGCUCCAACUCCUUCAUGGCUUCAAUGGCUAGUUGCUUCACCUCGCAACUCCUCUGGAAUCUUCUCAACAGCUUUUGAUGCUUCUGUUCUUUCGCGUUCCUUUUCGGCCCGGCUGCAUGCUCUCCUCGUGCAAUCUCCAUAACCUGGAUGGUAGUCUUGAUGUUGCGCUUCAUCUCAAGCCACUUCUGCUGUAUCUUGUCUUCUCUGAUUAUGUUCGGAAAAUACAUCUUCUCCUCUGGCCGUGGAACUGAACGCUUCUUCAGUUGGCCUUCUCGCGGGCCAGGAUCAGAAUGCGUAGACGCUUUAUUAGCAAGAGUCCACCCUUCGAUCCUGAACAUCAUUGGUGAAUGUUCUGCUACCGCGCAGCUGCCUCUGCGCGAGAAAGCGUUGCAGUCCGUGCCUCUUGCAUCUUCAAUGGAAGGCUUGGAUCGGCGGCGUGGAAUUCGAAGACUGAUACAGCAAUCCUUCUGCAUUUCGAGGAUGUUUGAAAGACAAACCGCGUAGGUGGGCGAGAUCUGUGAUUCGGAAAGAUCGAGCACCAAGCCGCCGGCUUCUACGUCCUUGGGCUUAGUCGGCAUCGCGGUGACAGUCAUGUUGUGCUUGCGUACGGAUGAUGUCGAACUAAAGUGUUCUUGGGGAUGGUGACGAGGUUGGUAUGACUGAUUGUAGUGAAGGGCGUUUGCUUGUGAAUGAGCCAAACGGCAAACUCUGUCAACAAAGUGAA